GUCAACUAGGUUGUAGCUCUACCGCCUUGCAUGCCCGACAACUGAUCACAAUGAGAAAAUCCUUUAUCAUUUUCAAUGACUCUCAUUCUGCAAAAAUGUAUUAGCACAGAUUAGUUUUUAUCUACAAGUAUUUUGCUUGUUAUAAACUCCACGCGAUCAAUUGUUCAUGAAACUCCACCAAACAUGACACAAACAGAUUUAGAAAAGGCCCCAGAACCACAAUUUCCAAAACCCAAGCAAUGGUUUGGUGUUCGUCACAUCCAAUUCGUGAUCUUAUUCUUCGCCACGAUUAUCGCUUAUGGGAUUAGGACCAACAUGUCGGUUGGGAUUAUAGCGAUGAUGGAGAAAGACCCCCCAGAUCCCAGCAUUCCCACGUACCCAGACUGGACUCAGAAAGAAACCAUUCUUUCGGCUUUUUUUUGGGGAUAUGUCAUCCCCCAAAUCGGUGCCGGUGCUGUGGUAAAAAAAUUCGGCCCUAAAUGGUUUCUGGCAGUCACAACAGCCAUUAAUUCCCUUUUUACGCUUUUAAUCCCAGUCAUGGCUGAAAAUUUGGGCGAGAAUGGGGUCAUAGCAUGUCGGAUUAUUCAAGGCUUGAACCAAGGUUUUCUCUUUCCGUCUUUACACACACUUCUUGGAAAAUGGACUCCGUUGGCUGAGCGUUCACAAGUUGCCAGUUUUGUGUACACUGGGGGUCCUCUAGGUACUGUUAUUUCCCUCCCAGUGACUGGAGCUUUUGCCGGUUCGAAGUUAGGAUGGCCUGGUGCGUUUUAUCUUUAUGGGAGUUUGGGACUGGUUUGGACUGUUUUAUGGGGGUUUAUUGGGGCUGAUAGCCCGAGCAAACAUGGGGGGAUUUCAAAGGAGGAGAGAGAGUAUAUAGAAGGUGCAAGUAUAACCAGUGAAGAGAAAAAAGAGUUAAAAACACCUUGGAAGUCCAUAUUCACUUCGGCGCCUUUUAUUGCUAUUUUAGUAGCCCAUUCUGGGCAAAACUGGGGUUUUUGGACUUUACUGACCGAGACUCCAUCUUAUUUGAGCGAAAUUAUGCAGUACGAUAUUAAGGAUAAUAGUCUCCUGUCAGCAUUACCUUACCUCGUUCUGUGGCUUCUAAGCUUUGUUUUUAGCCCACUUGCCGAUUAUUUAAUCGUCCGUAAAUAUUUAUCGAUAGGAAACGUUCGAAAACUUUUCAAUACUAUUGGGUUGAUUAUCCCAGCCAUCGCAUUGGUAGCCCUAGGCUUUGUUGAUUCAUCCCAAAAAGAUUUAGCUCUAGUCUUACUAGUACUAGCUGUAGGUUUUAAUGCAGCUGUAUAUAGUGGUUUUAACGUAAAUCAUAUUGAUUUGUCCCCGAACCAUGCAGGAAUUCUUAUGGGAAUUACGAAUAGUUUGUCAAAUAUUUUCUCAAUCAUUGCACCAUUAGCCAUAAAAGCAAUUCCAUACGAACAGAGUGACCCAAUUUUGUGGAGAUAUGCGUUUUGUAUAUCAGCAGGCAUUUAUGUCGCCGCUGAUAUUUUUUACGUUAUUUGUGCUUCCGGAGAAGUGCAACCGUGGAAUACUGAGGGGGAAGAUGAAGUUGUGGAAGAAGUUCAGAAGGAUGCCUUAUAAAGCAUAAAUUGUGAAUUAUUUAUUGUGUUUUGACAUCUGUUGUAAAGAUGAAAUACAAAUUUUUAAAACUA